AUGUUCCUUUGCUGGGUUUUCAAGAAAAAGACGGCAUUCCAGGAGUCCACAAAGGAAGCCAUCUUCGAAUCCGCCCCGAAGUUCGACGACAAUGGUCUUCCGUUACCACAAUGGAUCGCAAGUGAUAUCGAACGGCGCCGAGCUGCGUAUAUCGAAGCUAUGAUGGACAACCUGAGAAACCUCCUCAACCGCUACAUGAGUGAACAGCAGCAAUGUCCGUGGAACAAAAACUGCGACGCCAUGGUAUUCGGUAAUCUGGUCAAGGGGCUCAACGCCAGAAAUCUCUUUCCGCUGCGCGAGGCGAAUACUCUGGACAUAUCGAUCAAGGAACUUGUUUCACGGCUGCGCACCAUGGAAUUGACACCUGUUUGUCAAGGAAAUUCAUCUCCGUUUAGUAAAAUGCGCCCCUGA